GCGUUUGAGUGACAGGCGCUGUGGCUGUGGUGGGGGAAGGGGUCGCUGAAGUUGACGGAACCGCCAUCUUGAAAAGUGCUCUCCGAUGAUCUACCUUUUCGCGCCUGUCAGAAGCAGUUUUAAACGCUUUCUUUUCCUUGUCGGGAUUCCGUCUUAUCCCCGCGUUCGUUUUAAUAAAGCCUUGGACUAAUGGCAAGAUAAGCUACAUGCUGGAGACUCGCCGCUUGCCGCUGUCUGUCGGUGUGUGCUGUUGAACUGCUGUAUGUGUGUUUGUCAGUCUGUCCAUCACCGCUCUCUGCCUGCCUGUCUGUCCGUCCGGCUAGCCUGGAAUGGGCCACAACUCCCAAAGACUAGAACACACCUCUUUAUAACCUGAGCUCCACCGUCUGGACUCCAACAUACUCACAGAGUUCAACAUGUUUUGGAAAUUUGACCUCCACACCACAUCCCAUAUUGAUACGCUGUUAGAGAAGGAGGAUGUGACGUUGACGGAGGUGAUGGAUGAGGACGACGUCUUGCAAGAGUGCAAGGCCCAGAACCACAAACUGGUGGACUUCCUGCUGAGACCACAGUGCAUGGAGGACCUGGUUACCUUCAUCACACAGGAACCCAGUACUGAUGUUGAGGAGAAGGUUAAAUACAAGUAUCCCAACAUAUCCUGUGAGCUGCUUACAUCAGAUGUUGGCCAGAUCAACGACAGACUGGGGGAAGAUGAAAAACUGCUGAUGAAACUUUAUGGCUUCCUCCAGAAUGAGCCGCCUCUCAACCCUCUCCUGGCCAGCUUUUUCUCCAAGGUCUUGUCCAUCCUUAUAGGACGAAAGCCUGAACAGAUAGUGGAUUUUCUGCGUAAGCGGGAGGACUUUGUAGACUUGAUGAUCAAACACAUUGGGACAUCUGCCAUCAUGGACCUGCUUCUCAGAAUGCUCACCUGCAUCGAACCACAACAGCUACGACAAGACGUGCUCAAUUGGCUGAACGAGGAGAAGGUGAUUCAGAGACUGGUAGACAUGGUACAACCUUCACAAGAUGAGGAUAGACACUCCAAUGCCUCCCAGUCACUGUGUGAGAUCAUCAGACUGAGCAGAGACCAGAUGUUCCAGGUCCAGGGCUGCUCAGAGCCCGACCCACUUUUGGCCACACUUGAGAAGCAGGAGACGGUGGAACAGCUGCUGUCUAAUAUCUUUGACAAGGAGAAGAAUGAAUCUGCAAUCGUCAGUGUUAUCCAGAUCCUCCUCACAUUGUUCGAGACAAGGAGACCAGCGUUCGAGGGUCAUAUGGAGUGCCCCCCUGGGAUGUCCCACCCUUCAUUCUCAGUCAACCACAGCAUCCUGGAGGCUGUGAGACCCCGACUCAAAGACUUUCACCAGCUGCUACUGGAGCCCCCAAAGAGGAACAUGAUGAAGACAACGUGGGGGGUGCUGGACCCUCCUGUGGGUAACACCAGACUCAAUGUAGUCAGACUGGUGGCCAGCCUGUUGCAGAGCAACACACACAGCAUCAACACAGAACUUAUUAGUCUCAACACACUGGGAGUCAUACUAGAUAUGUAUUUCAAAUACAUCUGGAACAACUUCCUCCACAUUCAGGUGGAGAUCUGCACAGCCAUGAUUCUGGCUAUGCCCCCCGCCCCCACCGACACACAGCCAGACACAGAGCAAGAACAUGCAAGGGAGAGCAUCCUCAUCAAACAUCUGUUUCAAAAGUGCCAGUUCAUCCAGAGAAUCAUAGACGCCUGGAGCUCCAAUGAGAAAGAACAGGCCGAAGGUGGUCGGCGACGAGGUUACAUGGGUCACCUCACCAGAAUAGCCAACUCUAUAGUUCAUAACUGUGACAAAGGCCCUAAUGGACCACAGAUACAACAGCUCAUCUCUGAGCUCCCAGCAGAGGACAGAGAGAAAUGGGAUGCCUUUAUUUCUGGGCAGCUGGCUGAUACAAACAAGAGAAACACUGUUGACCUGGUGAAUACACACCACAUCCAUUCUUCCAGUGAUGAUGAGGUGGACUUUAAAGACAGUGGCUUUCACCAGGACUCCUCUCUACAACAAAGCCAAGACGAUAUCAUUAUCGUUGGUCCUGGGUUUUGCCAGGCCUUUUCUGAUUAUCAGAUGCAACAAAUGACGUCCAAUUUUAUUGAGCAGUUCGGCUUCAAUGACGAAGAGUUUGCUGAUCAGGACGAUGUUGUGGAUAUUCCCUUUGAUAGAAUAUCAGACAUCAAUUUUUCACUGAAUACAAAUGAAAGUGCAAAUAUAGCUUUGUUUGAGGCGCGCUGCAAGGAGAAAAUCCAGCAGUUUGAAGAUGCUGGUUCAGAUGAGGAGGACAUCUGGGAUGAAAAAGAUGUCACCUUUGCACCAGAGGCACAGAGACGCCCCAGGAGCUCAGGCAGCACAGACAGUGAGGAAAGCACAGACUCAGAGGAGGAGGAUGUGAAGAGAGAUCCAUUUGAAGCUUCCAAUCCCAGCAAUGAUGACAGAAUGGAAGUCGACACAGGACCAGUGUGGACAGCCAACUUUGAUGAUAUCCCCAUGGACACGGGUACAUCCACAGUUCCAGCCCCUAGCCCAAACAACCCUGCUGCCUCCUCUCCUUUGUCCUCCUCCUCUUCUUCUUCUUCUUCCACAGAAGUCCUCCCCGAGGCAGGAUGGAGCUCCUCUCCUUCUGCCACCUCCAACUCUGAAACAGGCUGGGCUGAUUUCUCAAAUUUCACCCCUGGCAGCCCCAAAGACCCUCUGAGGUGCAACUCUCCUGUUGCUAUGGAAACCAGCAUAGAGACAAUGGACCCUCUGGGGGUCAAUGCACCCAUGCAGCCUGAAGACUGUGAUGGCUGGCUGGGCACCAGUGUGGCUUCUCCUUCCUCCACCUCACCUAAGGAUUGUGGGAGAUCUAAAGCGGAGGAGGAAACAGCCUGUUGUGAGCAGCGCAUCAUCACAGAGACAGUCAUCAAUGGCUCCAUGAAAGAAACCGUCAGCCUCACUGUCGAUGCCAAGACUGAAACCGCUGUCUUCAAGAGAGUGUUGAAAUCUUAUCGUGAUGAAGAAAAGAGUGCUCCUUCAGAGAAAUACUCAGUAGUGGAGUGUGGCGAUUCGGAGAGAACAGGCCUCAACAGCUCAGCCGCAGCUUGCUGUCCCAAAACAGGUGAGAAGUGGCGGCCCACUGUGGAGCUUCCCAAUGGUCCUCUAGAAGAAAUGUCCACCAUAGAGGAGGCCAAACUGGACCAGAGUGCCGUGUCCUCGGAACCAGCUGUAAAUGGGCCGGCAUGAGGGUCUCCUUAUGCCAGCCAAUGGCCAGCCUGUUCUGCCAUGCAGGGCCCUCCUCCUGGCCAGCCAGUGGAGGCCACUACUCAGAGCUGUACCAAUCACAUGCCCCCACCAGGACCAGCAAUACUCUCAUCGGCUCAUCACUGACAGACAGACAGACAUACAGACAGGUGUACAGAUACAGGAUGAACUGGAAAGCAAACGAGAGACAUACUCAAAUGGAUACAGAAUAAUUUUUUUCAGCAUUUGUUUAUAUACUAUUGUUCUUAUGAGGUGAUGUGCGACUGAUAUCUUGCCACUCAAAAUUAAAAUAGUAAUGUUGCUAUAGUUAAAGAAAUGAUUGUAUGAAUAAAAUAUUUUAUAAAAAGAAAAAUGUAUACAGAAAUGUAAGAUGAAUUACCACAGGAAUAGCUGAUUGGUGACCCAGCCACCACCACGCUGUUGUUACCCGCUGGUUGUGUUCUCCUGCAGUCUGACACUUAAUACACCAGCUUGAACUAGAUUUCAAAUUCUCACCCACCAUUGGUCUGUGUCUCUGAGCAAAGCUGCUCCUACAAAUUGAAACAUGUUUUAAAAACCACACUUCAAAGUUUAUUUUGCUGCCGCUAUUAUAUGUAAAUCAUGUUUCUCUUGUAUUCUGCAUUGAGUCAGAUUAUUAUUUUUUAUUUAUUAUGGAAGUAAGAUGAUGGUUAUGUUUUGUUACUAAAGAGCCAUACCAACACACCUCUCCACUUCUAGCAGGCUACAUUCAUGCUAACUGGGUUCCUACCUCGCAGCUAGAAAGAAGAGAGGUACAGUAGGUCAUCACCACAGCCUGAACUGCGCGCGCUCUGCACAACCACAGCACUCUACUUUGGCCCCAAACUGCCUUCAGACCAGUGCUUGUUAAAUUGGUGGUCUCCCUUUAGAUCAUGUUCAAGAUGAGUCUGAAACCAUGUCCAGCCCUGUAUGAUUCAUGCACAUUAUGAAAAGAACUGGACAGUGGUGGACUGCUGAGCCACAUUUACGCUGUGUUCAGACCGACAACAGCAUUGUGCAAAGAAACAACUUGUUUUCAAGGUGUUGGGCCUCAGUAGGAAGUUGAGGCUCUGUGCUUGGUGACAUCCCAAAGUGUUGGCCAAUCAAAUUGGUGGACAUUCCUGGUGGAUUACUGACUGUUGACAUUGAGGUGAAUUGAUGCCACCAUGUUAACUUCUGAAGUGUUUUUAGUUCUGGUGUCCGUCUGAACACACCUCCAUUUUUUUUUUUUCUCUGCAUCACCACCUUUACUUAAGAAUGGGCCUUCAUGAGGCGUUUGGAAACUUGAAUUUUCAAGCUUUUCUAGAUCAAAUGAAAACCUACCAUGGUUCUAUUCAGGCAUAUUGUAGCUCCCACUGUGGAAAAGGCUUUUGGUUUGGUCAUCCUGAGAGAAAUGUCUGGCCUUAGAGCUGCCAAAUGCUUCACUUUAUUUUCUUAACAUUAGAAAUAAGGUCCAAAUAUUGCUAUAAGCCAGGUGUCUCCUGAGAAAACAAUUAACAUCAGCUAAUUUUGAUUGGCAGCAGAUGUGUUGCAGCAUUACUCCUGAAUAAAAAUCUGGCACUGAGCCCUGAAUGGACUAGUUACCAAG